AUGGGGCGCGAAGAGCAGGUAGAAGAGAGGGAAGUCCUCGACUCCAUUUUCCCUGAAGAGAUCACAGACAUAUCAGAGACCGAAUACCGGAUAUCAAUUCUCUUGGAUCUCCCCGAAGAUGAAGAAGACAAGGCUGAGCCGCCGACCAUGCUGCUGCACGUGCGGUACCCAGAGUCCUACCCAGACGAGCCGCCCCAUCUCGACCUGCUGCCACCGCAAAACGCCGCCACACACCCCUACUUUUCCGUGUCGUCGGACAAGGACACGCUGCUGGCUGGCCUCGAGGAGACCAUACAGGAAAAUAUGGGCAUGGCCAUGGUGUUUACGCUGGUUACGACACUAAAGGAGAAUGCUGAGCAACUGAUCCUAGACCGGCGGGCCGAGACAGCCAAGAAGCGCGAGGAGGCCCUGUUGGCCGCCGAGCGCGAGGAGAAUAAGAAGUUCCACGGCACACCCGUCAACCCCGAGACUUUCUGGAAGUGGCGAGAGGGUUUUCUGAAGGAGAUGGAAGAGGAGCGGGUCAAGGCCGAGGAGGAGCGCCUCGCCGAGAUGAAGAAGGCCAGGGUCAAGGAGGAGAAGAAAUUGACGGGCAAGCAGCUCUGGGAGAGAGGCUUGGCUGGCAAGGUUGACGAGGGCGACGAGGACGACGGUGGUGCCUUGGCCGAUGGAGUCGAGAGCUUGAAGGUUACGGCAUAA